AUGGCGCCCAAGCCAAACCUUUCUAUGAAGAGCAUGCCGGCUCGCGAUCCUUCAGAUAGUGGUCUUCCAUCUCCAUACAGCCCUGGGCUGUCCAGUCAUAAGGGUUCACUAGCCUUCACAUCAAAGGUCACGUCGGUCCUGUCAACAUCUUAUUCCGAUGCGGAGUUCCGGGAUGCACUCGCGCUUAUAGAUGAGCGAGGGGUUCAGAAUGAUGCCGAGACAAGGCGCCACCUUCGCCUUGAUCUUCAAAAAGAGGUCAUCGACUGCAACAGCGUCGUUAUCGGCGAGUUUGGUCGAGUGGCUGAGCAACUACGCCGCAUAAAGCAUACAGUUGACAAGCUCAACUCAAGCUACAUGGAAGUCAAGAAACAGAUUGAAUCUGCGCACUCUCGAACAGAGCCAGCUCUAACGGAGGCCGCCUCCCUGUUGGAGCAGCGCGCACAAAUUGAAACAAAGCAGCAGGUCCUUGUAGCUUUCAAGGAUCAUUUCAUCUUGUCUUCUGAUGAAGUGGAUUCAUUGGUAAUGACUUCUGAGCCCGUUGACGAUCGCUUCUUCAACGCUCUCGCCAAAGCAAAGUCGAUCAGCAAGGAUUGUGAGGUUUUGCUUGGAUUCGAAAAACAAACAUUGGGGCUUGAGUUGAUGGAACAAACGUCCAAAAACAUUAAUAUUGGUUUCCAAAAGCUUUACAAAUGGGUCCAGCGAGAAUUCAAAACACUCAACCUCGAGAACCCCCAGAUGAACCACUCCAUACGUCGUGCUCUGCGAGUUCUCGCAGAACGGCCAUCGCUCUUCCAAAACUGCCUUGACUUUUUCGCAGAGGCCCGAGAAAGAAUCUUAUCUGACGCAUUCCUAGCAGCGUUGACGGGUGUUUCGUCGUCGGAGGUAGAGGACCCUUCUCUGAAGCCAAUAGAUAUGGCCGCCCACGACCCUCUUCGCUAUGUGGGCGACAUGUUGGCCUGGAUUCAUUCGGCAACUGUAAGUGAGAGAGAGGCACUUGAAAUUUUGUUCGUGGCGGAGGGAGAAGAACUUGCUAGAGGGUUAAAAUCCGGGAGGGAUGCCGAAGUAUGGCGUCUUGUCGACGAUGAGGAUGAGUACGAGGGCGAAUUCAACGCUCUCAGGGCUCUACACGAUCUUGUGGAUCACGAUAUUUCUGGUGCCGCAAGAUUGCUACGCCAGAGGGUUGAACAGGUGAUCCAUUCAAAUGAGGAAAUCGUCCCGGCAUACAAGCUGGCAAAUCAUAUCGGCUUCUAUGGCGUGAUGUUUGAGAGGCUUCUCACCGACGAGUCGACUCUAGUCGAAGUUGUCCAAAGCCUUCAGGCAGAAGCAAUGCGCCAGUUUCGAGCGCUCGUUCGGGAACACAUUGGGAACUUACAGAGCGAAUUCCAGCAAGCGCCAUCAGAUCUUGGUCCCCCUUCAUUUUUGCAAGACUCUCUCAAGCAACUGGGCUCGUUUAUUCAGACAUACGACUCAUCUUUGUCCUCGUCCGACGAUCGCAAAACCGGCUUUGACAGCGUUUUGGCUGAAGCAUUCGAUCCUUUUCUCCUCGGCUGUGAGAAUAUGGCCAAGUCAAUGAAAGCGCCGGAUGACGCCAUUUUCCUCAUCAACUGUCGGCUUGCUGCCGUUUCAUGCCUAGACGACUUCGACUUCACAGAAUCUAGGCUACAACAAGUCCAAGAAAAGCUCAAGUUAGAAUCAAAAGAAUUGACCGAGAGCCAAUACUCGUUCUUCUCCGAAGGUUCGGGGCUCCAGGAUAUGCUCGACGCUGCUCAAAAAGAGGGACAAGAAGCCGAAGAAUUGAACGACCCCCAGACCCUGGCUCAGGCAAGCCAAAGUCUAGACGACUUCCUGCCGUCAGCACUUAUGGAUGCUAUAGACAGACUCAAGCAUCUUCAAGAUUCAGCUAUGGCGCGCCGGAUCACUGAGGAAGCAGCUGAGAAAUUCUGCACUGAUUUUGAGAAACUAGAGAAGGCGGUGAUAGCUGCGGACGCCGCUAGCCUUGAAGAAGAUGACAGCAGUGAAUCCAGCGAGGGAGGAGAGCUCAGAAAGGCUUUCCCCAGGACUACAGCAGAGAUCCGUGUUUUGUUAUCGUAG